AUGGACCCACAAACCAUUGUCCCUCAGCCAACAAUCACCGCCAGCCGCUACUCAUUCAACGGCGAGAUGCUUCUCAUCGCGGCCAUCAUCACCGUAUUCUUCUUCCUCCUCCUGCUCAUCGCCUUCCACCUCUACACCCGCUGGUGGCUCCGCCGCGGCGCCACCACCGCCGCCUCCCUGAGCGCCCGCGUCGUGGUCGUCUCCGAUGACCGCCGCGCCGGCCUAGAUCCGGCCGUCCUGAGCUCGCUCCCGGCCUUCGUCUUCUCCGCCGCGCCGCCGCAGGCGGCGGCGGCGGAGGGGCGGCCCCUACUUGAAUGCGCCGUGUGCCUAUCGGAGUUCGAGGAGAAGGAGAUCGUGCGCCUGCUGCCGCGGUGCGGCCACUCCUUCCACAUCGGGUGCAUCGACAUGUGGUUCCACUCCCACACCACCUGCCCCCUCUGCCGCUCCCCGGUCGAACAGCCGCCGGACCCGGCCGAGCCAUCCGCAGUCGCGGUGGUGGUGGAGGUGGCUGGCGAGGCCGGAUCCAUCAGAUCCGGGUCCGAUUCCGGGAUCUGCGUCGAGUGCCGGCACGGGGAUUGCAGCGAGAGCACGAGCGGCGGCGACGCCGUCGCCGCGUUGUCUGGCCGGCGGGGGAAAGCGGUGGAUGUGAGGAUAGAGGUGGGGCCAUCGAAGCUGGCGGAGCUAGAUACCGAGUUGACUCAGCGCUCGCCCGUGAGCCGGCUUCUAUCGUUCAAGAGAUUGCUAAGCAUGGGCAGAAAAUCGCCGCGGGCGGAGAGUAGCAGCGGCAGCUGUAGGGCCGCUGAGUUGGAUUUGGAGGGGGGACUCGGCGAGCAAUCUCGAGUUCACACGCCGAAAUGA